CCCCCAAAUGCUGCAUUGUAAAUACACCAGUACAUUCACAACAAAAAAAAAUAAUCUUGCAACCAUGAAAAGUGGGAGGAGUAAUCUUGUUGGUCUCGUAGUUUUCUUGUCAAGUUUGAUUUGUUUUAAUGCUUUUGUUGCGAGUGUUGUUGCUAGAGAUGCUGCUGUGAGCUCGAAGAAAAAUGAAAAUGGUGAUGAAAAGUUUUUAUUUCACAAGGGUGGGGGCUUUGGAUAUGGAGGUGGUUUUGGCGCUGGAGGUGGAGGAGGUAUUGGUGGAGGAUUUGGUAAGGGAAUAGGGUUUGGUAAAGGUGGAGCUAUUGGUGGAGGCAUUGGCAAGGGUGUUGGGAUUGGAGGCGGGUAUGGUAAAGGCGGUGGACUUGGUGGAGGCAUUGGCAAGGGUGUUGGGAUUGGAGGAGGGUAUGGUAAAGGUGGUGGACUUGGCGGAGGUUAUGGCAAAGGUGGUGGAAUUGGUGGAGGAAUCGGUAAAGGUUUAGGUGGUGGAAUUGGUCAUGGAAUUGGUAAGGGUUUAGGUGGAGGAAUUGGCAAGGGUGCUGGAAUUGGAGGCGGGUAUGGUAAAGGUGGUGGAAUUGGUAAAGGUUUGGGUGGUGGAAUUGGAGGCGGAUAUGGUAAAGGUGGUGGAAUUGGUAAGGGUUUAGGCGGUGGAAUUGGUAAGGGUGCUGGAAUUGGAGGCGGGUAUGGUAAAGGUGGUGGAAUUGGUAAGGGUUUAGGUGGAGGAAUUGGCAAGGGUGCUGGAAUUGGAGGAGGGUAUGGUAAAGGUGGUGGAAUUGGUAAAGGUUUAGGUGGAGGAAUUGGAAAAGGUGGUGGCUUGGGUGGUGGAAUCGGUAAAGGUGUUGGUAUUGGCGGUGGUUACGGUAAAGGUGGUGGCCUUGGAGGCGGAAUUGGUAAAGGUGUUGGUGUAGGAGGUGGAAUUGGUAAGGGCAUUGGGAUCGGUGGUGGUGGCGGUUACGGUAAAGGAGGUGGAGUCGGUGGAGGAAUUGGUAAAGGAUUCGGCAUCGGUGGAGGAAUUGGCAAAGGAUUCGGUAUUGGUGGAGGAUUUGGCAAAGGCGGUGGUGUUGGCGGUGGAUUUGGCAAAGGAGGCGGCAUUGGUUCUGGAAUAGGUGGAGGAUCCGGAGGUGGGUUCGGUGGUGGAUACGGAGGUGGUGGUGGAGGCGGUGGCGGCGGAGGUGGAGGUGGAGGUUUCGGUGGUGGAGGCAUUGGAGGAAUCGGCCAUCACUAAAUUGAGUUCACUUGUCUGCCCAAUUUGCAUGGUGAAAAUGUUCCCAUGCAAUCUUGAAUUUAUUUGUUUUUCCAAAGCCUCUGUCAGAUAGACUGAAUGAGUGUUUUCGAUUUGCUUGAUGUUUGUUACCAGUUAUUUAUGAAAUUCUAAAUUAUCAUUAUUUAAUGAAAUUUCAGUAAACUGUACCGAAUUAAUGGAUGUUAAUCAUUUAAGAACUAUUAUCUA